UGCCGGCGUGCUGGGUGGCAAAGUGGUUUUGCUCGUGGGUUGGAGAGCCAGUUGGCAGUCAGAGUUUCUGGACGUUAGAGAAGAAAGCCUGAGCUAAGCAGGGGUCAGGGUUCGGGGUCUGAAAGCGAUGGAAACUACAGCUCGAAGUGGGCGAGGGGCGGCUGGGUGGGCGCAGAUCUGACGUCACUACGGCGCGCCACUUCCGGUCCCCAGCGCCUGAGCGAAUGACUUCUCCCUCGGUGGGGCUGGAGCUGGGUUUGCUGCGAUCCCAGGGAGCCCACGAUCGCGCCGCCCCAGUCAGGGAGUCUGCCAGCACCAGCGUCUCACCGGCGCCUGGGACCAUGGCCACCGACUCGUGGGCCCUGGCGGUGGACGAACAGGAGGCGGCGGCCGAGUCGUUGAGCAACUUGCAUCUUAAGGAAGAGAAAAUCAAACCAGAUGCCAAUGGUGCUGUUGUCAAGACCAAUGCUAAUGCAGAGAAGGCAGAUGAAGAAGAGAAAGAGGACAGAGCUGCCCAGUCCUUACUCAACAAGCUGAUCAGAAGCAACCUUGUGGAUAACACAAACCAGGUGGAAGUCCUGCAGCGGGACCCAAACUCCCCGCUCUACUCAGUGAAGUCCUUUGAGGAGCUUCGGCUGAAACCACAGCUUCUCCAGGGAGUCUAUGCCAUGGGCUUUAACCGUCCAUCCAAGAUACAAGAGAACGCACUGCCUUUGAUGCUUGCUGAGCCCCCACAGAACUUAAUUGCCCAGUCUCAGUCUGGCACUGGUAAAACAGCUGCCUUUGUGUUGGCCAUGCUCAGCCAAGUAGAACCUGCAAACAGAUACCCCCAGUGUCUGUGCCUCUCCCCAACUUAUGAGCUCGCCCUUCAAACGGGAAAAGUGAUUGAGCAGAUGGGCAAAUUUUACCCUGAACUGAAGCUAGCUUAUGCUGUCCGAGGCAAUAAAUUGGAAAGAGGUCAGAAGAUCAGUGAACACAUUGUCAUUGGCACCCCUGGGACUGUUCUGGACUGGUGCGCCAAGCUCAAGUUCAUCGACCCCAAGAAGAUCAAGGUGUUUGUUCUGGAUGAGGCUGACGUGAUGAUAGCUACUCAGGGCCACCAAGAUCAGAGCAUCCGCAUCCAGAGGAUGCUGCCCAGGAACUGCCAGAUGCUGCUUUUCUCUGCCACCUUCGAAGACUCCGUAUGGAAAUUUGCCCAGAAAGUGGUCCCAGACCCAAACAUUAUCAAACUGAAGCGCGAGGAGGAGACACUGGACACCAUCAAGCAGUAUUACGUCCUGUGCAAUAACAGAGAUGAGAAGUUCCAGGCCUUGUGUAACCUCUACGGGGCCAUCACCAUUGCUCAGGCCAUGAUCUUCUGCCAUACCCGCAAAACAGCGAGCUGGCUGGCAGCAGAGCUCUCAAAAGAAGGCCACCAGGUGGCCCUGCUGAGUGGCGAAAUGAUGGUGGAGCAGAGGGCUGCGGUGAUCGAGCGCUUCCGAGAGGGCAAAGAGAAGGUGCUGGUGACCACCAACGUGUGUGCCCGCGGUAUUGAUGUCGAACAGGUUUCUGUCGUCAUCAACUUUGACCUCCCCGUGGACAAGGAUGGGAACCCGGACAACGAGACCUACCUGCACCGGAUCGGGCGCACGGGCCGCUUUGGCAAGAGGGGCCUGGCAGUGAACAUGGUUGACAGCAAGCACAGCAUGAACAUCCUCAACAGAAUCCAGGAGCAUUUUAAUAAGAAAAUAGAAAGAUUGGACACGGAUGAUUUGGAUGAGAUUGAGAAGAUCGCCAACUGAGACGCUCCACCAGUCGCCAGUGCCCACCCCGGCACUCCGCCUGCACGGGAGACCGGUGCUUUCACGGCACAGGCCUCGACAGUCACCACAAAGACAAAGGCAGAGGAGAGAGAAACUACCUACCUCAUUUUAAAUUACGUUUGGACUAGACAAAAAUUGUGCAACUGAUGGGGGAAGGUAGAAAAAAAUUGUUUACACAACUUCUAAGGAUUAGGCGUGAAUACACAGAAAUUUACCUUUUGGAAAUUCCGUUUUUUGGCCAGCUUCUUCCCCAUCCUGAUGUUGUCGCUAAUCACUUGCUCAAGAUUCCUGUGGCAGCCCCUGCCUAUUUUCUGGACAGGAGUGUUCAGGACAGCUACCAGACAGAGGUGAAGAGGGACACAGAGGCCCCAAGUAGGAUAGGUGUAUAAGCCAGCCAUCAUGUUUGGAGUAUGGCAUGAGGCCUCUGAGCUGGUGCUUUGGAUUUGGGGUGGGACAGCUCAUCUGAGUAUUGUCAGCUCCCUCUGUCCUGAUGCCCACAGCAAGAAGGGAUUUGCUAAGCAUGGACCAAAAUGCCACCCUGGGACUUAUGGUGUAUGCAGAUUUGUGUUGCAGGACCACAACCUCCUGGUUCUCAUCAGCAGGUGCAACCUGUGUAUGGUGCAUAUCUGAUUACUGGUAGGUCUCUUGCCUGUGCUUGAGCAAGGCCUGUGGACAAAUCAUUGUGGAGUGUUUGUGGUGGCCCCCUAGCUUGCCGCACAACCUGGGCUCACAGGCACUUGCAGCAUCUUUUUUAUAAUCCCUAAUGUUACCUUGACCCCUUAGAGCCCCAGGCAAAUAAAAGGUGAUCUAAGGUUUGGAUCUUCAGUGAAAAUUGUGGCUUCAGGUCACUCAUGGCCAGCCUCAAGGCAGCUCCAGAAGUGAUCAGCAGUAGUCACAAAUAACUUACUUUGUCUCCAGAUCCCAGAAGGCAAGAUUUGUCAGAGCUGGGGUAUGAUUUCAGAUAUCUGGUGUCUUGGUUGUAAAGUGAUUCCGAACGUCUGUGUUCACAGUUCUUGGAAUACAGAGUGCAAUAAGGGACUAGAAGGACUAUGGCCAUUCACCUGUGCACUGCAGGAGUAACUGCCAAGGACUUGGCUCCCUCCUUACUGGGCAUCUUUGUGCAGAAUAGUCAGAGCAAAUAUUAGUAACGGACAAUUCCUCAUACCUGGCCAAGGCUGAUGGUACCCACGGAAUUACAGAGCAAGGAUGAGAUGAAACUGAAACCCCAGCCACAAGGAGUCCUCUCCAGCUCUUUGACCUUGGUACAGAAUGGCUACUUUGUCUAGGCCCAGCCCUGGAAGAGGGAUUUUCUGUGAUGAGAACUAUUCCAAUCCCAGACUAUCCUUAUAAAUGUUUCCAUGUUUUAGGGCCAGAUCUGUUUCCUGGGAAGGAAAGGGGCCAAUGCCAGCCUCCAGGUGGUUUCCUAAAUCUGACAUUACAGAUACUGCAGAGAGACCAACAGACUGCCAAUCCUGCCGCAUUUCCCCAGCAGGCAUUUGACUAUAGAGUCUUCUCUGCUUCUGGCCAACUCUGACCCACCUUGGGAAUCUUGUAAAAAGAGAAGAAAUUUUUGUUUCCCAUCUUCUGCAGUGCUGUGGACCAACCCUGAAAUAACUAAAACAAAGGCAAUAACUAAAAAGGAGUACUGACUCCUCACAAGACUGCAGGCUGACCUACAUUCCUCACUUCUCACAACAUUUAUAAUCUGUCUACUGCAUAGCCCUAAAUCUAAGCAGGAAAAUGGGAAGGGAUAGGCUUCAGACUUUUAAGUAGUAGAAGUAAAUAGGUAUCUGGCAGAAAUCUAGAUCAACAGUUCUGAAUUUGGGGGCUUGGACUCCUCUAAGAAUUCACUAGAUGGGUUUCAUGGAGUCUAUGAAGUAUAUGCCAUAUUUUGAGUUUAAAUGCAUUCUCCUGGGGACAGACUCCCAAAGGAAUGUCUUUUAAUAAGGUAAGACUCACUGUUAUGGAUGGCUCUGCAAUGUCACCCCAGUAUCACUGCAGUCCAUAUUUCUUCACAAUCCAUAUUCAUCCCUGUCAGAGCUUGGCUCCCAGGGCUCAGUGGUCCACAGCCUCUGUGACUGUGUGUUGUCUUGAGACAUCAGUGUACUGAAAUGUACUGAGCCCUUGAUAAGCUUCAGUCCCAAGUUUUUUUUACUCUUUUUUAGUAAGUUCCCAUGUAUGGAAUGAUAAACUGUCCUAAAACAGAGAAACUCACUUGGAAAAGGAGAUUUUUGGUCCAGUGGAAGAUUCUAGAUAUGUUCAUUAUCCAUAAACAGUGGAUUUUAUUGGGUUUUUUUGGAGUGUCAUUGAAUGGCUGUGUGCAUAAGUAGUCAACUGUUGAUGUAUUUGUUAUUGAUGUUAACUGAAUCUAAUUAUGAAGUGUGCAUGUUACCAGGACACCAUUAAUGAGUAUAAAAAACCAGUAUGUUUUGGGUUGCCAGUAUUAGUGAUCAUGCCUAAGCGGAGACAUUUAUGAUUCCACAGGUUAGUUAUCACCUGAUACUACUAUUCCAUUUCAGAGUUGACACUGCUCCAGCAUGAACAGUUGUGAUGUCUCUGUAGGCCAAGGGCCCUCCUCAGUUGCCACAGGGCUUCUCACGUUCCUUUUUUCCUGCUGGUAUAAUCCUGGAGAAUACUGGUUACCUAAUUAGAAAGAAGGUAGAUGCCAGUAAAAACAAAGUCCUCAUGUUCUAUUUUUCUAGUCCUAGGAAAGAAAUACAAAGAGGCCUUGAAAGCAGGUCUUCUCCCUUUGUUUCAUCUUGUUUAUUUAACAUGAAGGCAGUUUUUAUUCAGUGCCACUGGUAUUCAGAAGGUAAGGAUUUCUUAGGCUAGAGAUUUCAUGGAGGAGUGGAGUUUGCUUCUGAGACAAAAGUGACAAGAAGAGUGCCACAGGCAGUGGAACUAAAUUUACUUCUCCAGGAUAAAUCCCAGAAGGGCAGUGAGGAGAGCAGCUUCUCCAUGUGGACAGAGAAAAGUCUCAUGAGGUACAAAACGAAAACCUGAUUGAACAAUGUUUGGAUUUAUUAGUGAACAGUCACAGAUUGUUAAAUCACAGAAAGGAAGUGAUGAAAUUGGUGGGGGUUUUUGUGGGGGGGGUAGUCUAGCAGAGGUAUGUAGGAUAUAUUGGAGCUGGAAAAGGCAGGCAUCUGAGAAAACAGUCUGAGGAUGAUCGCAUCAGUCCCAUCACAAAGCAAGUGCCAAGGUGCCAUUGGUUGUACUGAAAGCACAAAAGAAGUGAACUGGAGGGAUAUCACAGCAAAAAUGAUGGGCUUUUAUACCUACUUGUUAUUCCAAAAAGGAUUUGUGGCUCGAAAAGACCCACUGUAUAAAAUUCUGGGGAGAAACCCAAAGGGAAGGUUUGGAAAGAACAGAUGCAUCAGGGGUGAGUCUCAUAUAGCAUGUAUGAUUUCAGGCCUGUCACCUCUGCAAGCAGGGACUUGGCCCCUCUUCAACAUCUUGUAGAUUUCAGGGGUCUUCAGGUUUCUCUUGAUCCUAGACACAGAUGUCACAUUCUUAGGAACUCUGCAGUUUUACCUGACUUGGCUUUUUCUGUUUGAGUAUUGUUCUUUAUUCUGUUGAUUGAAUCAGAGUGCAGCAUCUUCCAAAAAUGACACAAUGAAGGUAAGGGAACCAGAGGGGCUUAUGCUAGGAGACUCCAGUACCUUGCUUUCCCAAUCCUGAAUCUGGGACAGGGCUUUCCCAGAAUAGCUUCAAACACUUUGUUGGAAGUCAGACCAAGUGGAGAUCUGCUUGGAGGGUAUUUGUCACACUCAAUACCUAUGCCCUCUCAUCCUCCAGCCCAUUGCUAGAUGCUUCUGCCUCGGCUUAGAAACCAUUCUGGUGUGAGUAUUCAUCGGAGCAAGGGGUUUCUCCAUAGUAGUUCUAAUUGUAAGACAGGUGAUAGGAGUAGGUGGAGGAAAAUAUUAGAUGUGGUUUGAGAUUGGUAACUGUUUGGGUAUCAGCUGCUCAGGUGAGAUCAUUCUCUUUUCCACUUUAGCCAUCUCUCUCAGGCAGGAUGGCAGAUCUUUUGUUCAUGCAGAUCUAUAGCCCAGGGCUACUGUCAGCUCCCUUAAGAAGGUGGGGUGGGGGGCGGUAUUUAAAUGGAACUCUCCUGGAAGUACCAGUACACAUAAAGAUAGAACUGUACUGUUCUAUCUUUAUCCACAUGCUUCCACCAUCCUUGGAAUUCUCCAACUGGAGCAAAGCCAAGUAGUCUCAGGUUAGCUUGUCCCUGAGAGCACACAUCCCCAUGCUUAGACUUGAAAGAACAAGAGUCACCUCUGGUCAGGUGUGUGGUCAAGUGUGGUAGGUGUGUUCUCUGGUCUGUGUUCCUCUCAGACACCAACAGCUUCUAAAUUUACACAAGAAAUGUCCUGAUAAACCAAUGCCAAUUGAAUCCAGGUUUAACAAAAAUAGGUCCCAGUGUUUUGGCACUGUUUUAGUUUCUAAAGUAAGGUUAUGCUAGAGGGACAAAUACUGUUCUGUUCAUCUGAUUUCGUCUUUAACACCCAUGGAGGGGACAACCUCAGAAACAGUUGAGUAUCUCUA